AUGGUACCAAUUUUUAUAAAACUUAGUUUAAGUCAAAAAGCACCACCAAAAAGGCCACCGUGGCCACCCCAAGGACCGAAUCCGAAUCCGAACCCAAAUCAAAGUCCAAGUCCAAAUCAAAGCCCAAAUCAAAGCCCUAAUCAAAGUCCAAAUCAAAGUCCAAAUCCAAUUCAAAGCCCAAAUCAAAGCCCAAAUCAAAGUUCAAAAUCGAUUAUUCCGAGUGGUUCGAAUGGACCGAAUAGUCCGCAAAGCACCCAGCAACAACAAUUUGUGCCUACGCCUACAACAAUUCCCUCUCCUACAAAAACUACAUUCGCACCUUCUGCCGUAGGUGCAGUACCUGCACCCAUUGCUACAAAUAGUGCAUCCACAGAUGGGGCAUCGAAGUCACUUAUUACACCAAUUAAUGCAAAUAGCGACGAAUCAAUAACCAGAGGAUUAUAUAUUAGCAUCAUUGUCGUUGUUAGUCUUGUUUUGAUUUUAGCUUCUUGCGUGAUUUAUCGUUUGUUAAAGCUUAGGAAGAGGCAAUAA